UCCAUUCAGCCUGGUCCCUCUCUCUCUCCCUCCCUCUCCUCUGCCCGGAAGCAAAGCCCCAGGCCUGCUUGGCCCACUCUGCUCCUGCCUCCCCUGCCAUCCUCAGCCACCACUGCCUCAGUUCCCCUCGGCUGGGAGACCCGAGACCCAAGCACCAGAACACAGGAGAGGGCUCCCUGUGACAGAUGGCGAUGGAGUAUAAGAAAAUCCUCCUGCACAAGGGGCUGAAGAUGCUCACUGAUUACCAGUUCCGAACAGUCAGGUGCUUACUGGCGGAUGAGUUACAGCUGACCCCCCAAAUGAGGGAAGACUCGGACAGAAUUAAGAUCGCAGACCGGAUAUUCUCCAAGUUCCCAGGUGCUGCAUCUGUGGACAAGCUCAUCGACACCCUCAAAGAUGAUCCAGAGCUCAAGGAAUUUGUGGACUCCUUGAGAAAGGAGAAGCAAAAUGUGAAAAGGAGACUCAAGACCACAGGAGAGAAGGCAAGGAGCAGGCAGCAGGACGGAGCGGGGCCCUCGGCACCUCUGAGCAGCCCGGAUGGCCCAAAGCCACCCCAAGGAGCAGCAGAAGACUCUGUGGCCCAGAAAAGAAAACACAACACGGAAGGAGAAAAAGGUGUGAAAAAGAACAAGGGGGCCCAGAUGUCCAGCAAGGCCCCCUAUCCUGUUGGUGCCAGCCCUUCCAGAACCCAAACGGCCACCAGGAGCUUCUCACCAGACACCAAAAACUACCCAACAGCCACCCCGAUCUUCCAACUUGACAAGCCAAGUAUCCUGCCAACCAUGCCAAGCUCAGUGUCCAUGGCAUCCUCCACAUCCUUGACCGAGAGCCCGUCAGCUGCAGCUAAGGUCGCUGAAGACAGAAAAACCCUAUCCCAGGGCCCCGUGACCGUCCUGGUGCUGGAACGCAGCCAGCGAUUCAAUUAUGAGUUUAUGGGACAGGGCCACGCCUUCAUGUUCUACGCCACAGUGGCCACGGAGAGUCAGUUCUUCUGGGUGAAGGUCUUUCACGACACUCUGUGGUACCUAUUCACAGAGAACGCGGUUCUCACCAUCUCUGGUCACUCUAUCUGCAGAGGGACCCUGGAGGUCAGUGAGGCCUCCGUAGUGUCUCCCACUACUGCCCUGCUCCAGGUCCCAAAGAGCGUCAUGAAGAGGGCAUGCGAGCCUCCCAAGAUCGACGACCUGUGCAAAGCUGUGUCAGGGACACCCGUAUAUGGGCGGUACAAGGUGGUCAAGAAAAUAGAGAAUAAGAAGAACACCAUCUAUGAGAUUAAGGAUAAGACAGGGAGCAUAGAAGUGGUGGGGAGCGGACAGUGGUACGGGCUUCCCUGUGAGCCAGGGGACCAGCUGCAGCUCUUCUGCCUCCGAGUGAGGACCGUCAAAAAGAAGACGAUCCUGAUGUGCGAGAAACACAGCCUCAUCCAGGUGGUCGAGAGCUCCUCUCUGAGACACAUGGAUACGGAGUACAAGGCAAUCUUCCUGAAGAAUGGGCUGGAGAUGCUCAGUGAUUACCAGUUCCGAGCAGUCAAGUGCUUACUGGCCAGUCCUCUAAGACUGACACCCCACAUGCAGGAGGAUUAUGACAGAAUUCAGAUUACAACCCAGAUGUUUGCCCGGUUCCGGGGUGCUACAUGUGUGAUGCAGCUCAUCGAGGCUAUAAAAGGCGACAGAGAACUGGAGGGUCUUGUCAAGUCCUUGAAGCAACAGUUGGGGAAAGGUACCACGUACAGGCCCCCACUCGUCAGUCCAGAGCUCAUCCACUCCCCAGAAACCACAUUCUGCUCCCUCCUCAUCAUCCAAGAGGUCGAGCUCCACCCAGAUACUGUGUCCUGGUCCCCCCUCAUCAACUGGGAGCACGAACUUAAUCCAGCUACCACAUCCUGGUACCCCUUCAUCAGUCGGGAGCAUGACCUCGGCCAAAGUACUGCGUCCGGGGCCCCCAUCAUCAGCCAGGAGAAUGACCUCUGCCCAAGUACCAUGUCCUGGUCCCGCCUCAUUAGCCGGAAGCAAGACCUCAGCUCAGGUACCACGUCCUGGUCCCUCCUCAUCCACCGGAAGCAUGACCUCUGCCCAGGUACCACGUCCUGGUUCCUUCUCAUCAACUGGGAUAUUGACCUCUGCCCAGGUACCGCGUCCGGGGACCCCAUCAUCAGCCAGAAAAAUGACCUCUGCCCAAGUACCAUGUCCUGGUUCCGCCUCAUCAGCCGGAAGCAAGACCUCGGCUCAGGUACCACGUCCUGGUCCCUCCUCAUCCACCGGGAGGACGACCUCUGCCCAGGUACCACGUCCUGGUCCCUCCUCAUCCACCGGAAGCACGACCUCUGCACAGGUACUGCAUCCAGGGCCCCCAUCAUCAGCCAGAAAAAUGAUCUCUACCCAAGUACCAUGUCCUGGUCCCAUCUCAUCAACCGGAAGCAAGACCUCGGCUCAGGUACCACGUCCUGGUCCCUCCUCAUCCACCGGAAGCAUGACCUCUGCCCAGGUACCACGUCCUGGUUCCUUCUCAUCAACUGGGAUAUUGACCUCUGCCCAGGUACCGCAUCCGGGGCCCCCAUCAUCAGCCAGAAAAAUGACCUCUGCCCAAGUACCAUGUCCUGGUUCCGCCUCAUCAGCCGGAAGCAAGACCUCGGCUCAGGUAACACGUCCUGGUCCGUCCUCGUCAACUGGGAGAUCGACCUCUACCCAGUUGUGAAAGCAAAACACUCCACUUUCCAAACUCAGAACAUGGGAAACAAGGAAAGAAAUCCCAUGGGCCUCGGGGUUCUCACCAUUUCCUCUGCUUUCCUUGGCUUUUUCCGCGCGUCACCAUCUCAGCCUCAGGCCCCGGGAUGCCCAUCUCUACUCCUGGAGUCAGAGUCGGUCUCACUGUCUGGCCUUCCUUCACAGUCUGCAUCCAGGUUGGUGGGCACUUUCCAAGAGGAGGGCCAACAGGAUCAGCGCAAGGAGAUGCAGGUGCUGGACGUGACCGAGCCCUUCAGGUACCGCGAGGACCGCACUAUGUUCCAUGCCAUCGUAGCCAUAAAGAACCAGACACAGAAUCAGAUCGUCCGUGUGAAGGUCUUCCACGAGGGCUUCAAGACAAACUUUCUCCGUGGGAACAUUCUGGUCCUCUCAAACUACAUCGGCCACAGGGGUUUUGUGGAAGUGUACAAAUGCACCUCGGUGGAGACAGUGGGGUACGCAGAGGUCCCUGAGUGGUUGAUCAACAUGGUCACUGAGACUCCAAAAAUCAGUCACCUGCGCCAGGAAGCCCCAAACACCGUUGUGAACGGGGUGUUCCUGGUGUCAAAGUCUGGGCUCCCCACAGCCAUUUGUGCCCAGCCCCUCAGCAAAUGUCAGCCCCUCACCCAUAGUCCUUCAGGAACUUGCAGACACACACCUGAAGAAGAUAAACUGGGAGUUGGAGCAGUAGCACAGCAGGGAGGGCAUUGGCCCUGCAUACGGCUGACCCAGAAAGUUGUGCGGCACCCAUGUGUCUAUUACGAGGUCCAGGAUGAGACAGGCACCAUGCAGGUGGUGGUGUACGGACAUCUGACCGGCAUCCCCUGUGAGAGAGGCAACAGAAUCCAACUCAUCUGUUUUGAGCGAGGAGAAGAGCAGCACCAGAUAAGAUCUUCGAUCCAAAGCUUUCUCAAGGUGAUCUAGGACAGGAGCGGCACAGACAUGGCGAGCCCACGUACUCUGCUGACCGCGAUGCUGACCACCACGUGGACACUGACCACAGCAGCCCCUCAUGCUGAACACAACGCUGACAUGACGCUGACCAUGGUCUUGACCUUGAUGCUGACAGCAA